AUGUCGGAUGUGGAGGAGACUAUCAAACGAAUACAGUCUCAGAAAGGCGUGGUGGGUGUGAUAGUGAUGGAUAGUUCAGGUCGUGCCAUCCGCUCCACUCUCGAUGAUGAAUCCACGGCACGACACACGGCGCUUCUUCAACAACUUUGCGAAAAGUCGAAAAGUGUGAUACGAGAAUUGGAUGGAUCGAACGAUUUGACAUUUCUUCGUCUUCGAACCAAAAAGAACGAGAUCAUGAUUGCGCCGGAUAAGGACUAUCUAUUGGCCGUCAUUGAAAACUUGUCUCAUUAA